AACAGGUGUUCCUCAGCAAUAAUUAAACUGAUACAAAACAGUCACAACGGGGUGGAGCCCGCUAGCAGCUACAGUGAAGGAUAUGCUUCAAAUUAUACCAGAGUGCUUCUAAUCUGAAGGAUGAACAGCAGUGGACCAGCAUAUCCUUUAGCCUCUCUGUAUGUGGGUGACCUUCAUCCUGACGUCACUGAGGCCAUGCUCUACCAGAAGUUUUCUCCUGCUGGUCAGAUCAUGUCCAUUCGUGUGUGCCGUGAUCUAAUUACACGCAGGUCCCUUGGAUAUGCUUACAUCAACUUUCAACAGCCUGCUGAUGCGGAAUGUGCCCUGGACACCAUGAACUAUGAGGUCAUCAAGGGUCGUCCAAUCAGGAUCAUGUGGUCCCAGCGAGAUCCAGGUCUGAGAAAAUCUGGUGUGGGCAACAUCUUCAUCAAGAAUAUGGAUGAGUCUAUUGACAACAAGGCUCUCUAUGACACCUUUUCUGCUUUUGGAAACAUCUUGUCAUGUAAGGUCGUUUGUGAUGAGAAUGGCUCAAAGGGCUAUGGGUUUGUGCACUUUGAGACGCAGGAAGCAGCCAACAGAGCCAUAGACACCAUGAAUGGCAUGCUUCUGAAUGAUCGCAAAGUUUUUGUAGGGCGUUUUAAGUCUCGUAAGGAGCGUGAGGCAGCGUUGGGGGCUAAAGCCAUGGAGUUCACCAAUGUGUACAUUAAGAACUUCGGUGAAGAUAUUGACACUGAGAAACUGAAGAGCAUCUUCUCUGAAUUUGGGAAGACCCUAAGCAUCUGUGUGAUGACGGAUGAGAGUGGAUGCUCUCGUGGCUUUGGCUUUGUCAACUUUGAAAACCAUGGAGAUGCCAGGAGGGCAGUAAAUGAAAUGAAUGGCAAGGAGUUGAAUGGCAGGGUCCUGUAUGUGGGUAGAGCUCAGAAGAGAUUGGAGAGACAGGGAGAACUCAAGCGCAAGUUUGAGCAAAUAAAGCAAGAGCGCAUACAACGGUACCAGGGGGUUAAUCUCUAUGUGAAGAACCUAGAUGACAGCAUUGAUGAUGAGAAGCUAAGGAAAGAGUUUGCUCCUUAUGGAACCAUCACCAGUGCGAAGGUGAUGACAGAUGGAGGCCACAGUCGGGGCUUUGGCUUUGUGUGUUUUUCCUCUCCGGAAGAGGCCACAAAAGCAGUGACUGAGAUGAAUGGUUGUAUCGUUAGCACUAAACCACUAUAUGUGGCUCUUGCCCAAAGAAAAGAGGAGCGAAAGGCCAUCCUCACCAACCAGUACAUGCAGAGACUGGCCAGCAUUCGAGCCAUCCCCAGCCCUACAAUACCCACCACCUACCAGCAGAGCUCUGGUUACUACAUGACCUCUGUGCCACAGCAUCAGGUUCGCUCUUUUUAUAAUGCCGUACCAAACCUGCGGCCUGCACCACGCUGGACUCCUCAAGCUCCUAGAACACAAGCUCCAUACACAGCUCAGUUUGUGAGACAAGCAGCACCACGUAGGCCCUCCACCACCAUCAGCACUGUCCGCCAGGCCUCUACUCAGGUUCCUCACAUUAUUAACAACACCCAACGAAUGGCCAACAUUGGGACACAGACUGCAGGCGGGAGAACUUCAGGAGGCGCUAUAGUCAGAGGAGUUAGUCAAUACAAAUACUCGGCAGGAGUCCGAAAUGUGCAGCAUGUCCUCAAUGUGCCAGCUCCUGCUGUCCAUCAGGUGACUCAGCAGAAUAUAGAGCCAGCGGUUCAUGCCAGGGGUCAGGAGCCCUUUACUGCCUCAGUGCUGGCCGCUGCACCCUUGAAAGAGCAGAAACAGCUACUGGGUGAGCGCCUGUACCCUUUUAUCCAGGCCUUGCAUCCUACUCUUGCGGGGAAGAUCACAGGCAUGCUGCUUGAGAUUGACAACUCUGAGUUACUGCACAUGCUCGAGUCUCCAGAGUCCCUGCACUCGAAGGUUGAAGAGGCAGUAGCAGUGCUGCAGGCUCAUCAAGCCAAGGAAUUGACGACAAAGUGAGAGAGCUCUAAGGCAGACAUGCACACUGAGGUUUUGAAGAAUGGGGAAAAAGAAAAAUGGUUAAACAGCACUUUGGAAUCAUGUUAUUUAAUGCAGUUUUGACAGUUCAAAUGCCCAUUUGCUCUCCACAAUGUUGAGUUUAUUCUGAUUUUGUUUAUAAAAAGGAAAAAGGGGAAAAAAGAAAAAAAAGGGGAAAAAAGAAAAGGACAAAAAAUGAAAAUUAAAUAUUUUUUGAAAUUUAUGUGCAAUAAAUAUCCCUGAUGGACAUGCAAAUUACAUUUCUGACUGUUAUUAUAAUCAUGACUUUAUAUUGAUAUUAUAAUUAUGAAUAAUAAUAUAAAUAUUGUAUGAUCAGGCAAAUAACAAUGCCCUGGCUGCCACAGAAGUGUUUCGAGAAAUUGUUUUACACUGCCAUUUAUUUCACUGGUCGAAAAACCAUACGCUCGUAACAUCACCCUUUUUUACUUUGCGUUUUACUGAUUAGUCAUGAUUGAUCAUUGCGGAACAAAAAAUACUAAGCACGUCUUGAUAAAAAGCUAGUUGCAGAAGCGGCGGGAAAAAUGUGAGAAUAAUUAAGCAGCCUAAUUAUUAAAAAAUGGUAUAAAAAGUGUCAUUCAUGUCUUUCCCUCAUUAAGUGCGUGUAAAAUGGUUAUGUUGGACUCAACUGACAGAAGGUUGCCUACACAGUUAUGUCACUUUUAUAGCUUCGUCUGAAAAUGGAAAAUACUGCCUUCAGAGACAAGUGAAGAUGAAAAAAGUUGCCUUUCAGACUGUUCUGAGAUCAGUUUCCUUAAAUUCCAUUCAUGUGCCUGGGUAGCUCAGCGAGUAUUGACGCUGACUACCACCCCUGGAAUCGUCAGUUCGAAUCCAGGGUGUGCUGAGUGACUCCAGCCAGGUCUCCUAAGCAACCAAAUUGGCCCAGUUGCUAGGGAGGGUAUAGUCACAUGGGGUAACCUCCUCGUGCCUGCGAUUAGUGGUUCUCACUCUCAGUGGGGCAUGUGGUAAGUUGUACGUGGAUUGCGUAGAGUAGCAUGAGCCUCCACAUGCGGAGUCUCCGGUAUCAGGCACAACGAGCCACGUGAUAAGAUGCGCGGAUUGACUGUCUCAGAAGUGGCGGCAACUGAGACUUGUCCUCUGCCACUCGGAUUGAGGCGAGUAACCGCACCACCACAAGGACCCACUAAGUAGUAGGAAUUGGGCAUCCCAAAUUGGGGAGAAAAGGGGAUAACAUUUAUUUUUUUUAAAUUAUAUUCAUACAAAACCGCUGUUGUUGGUUAGGAUCAUUGAUCAUGACAUCAUAUCAGGAAAGCCACUGCGCCGCUAUAUUGCUAUAGACUUUAUUCACAGUAGUGCCAUGUUUGUUUUUUAAUGGGAAUGACAACGAGGCUGUGAGGGAUAGUUUACUAUCUCUUCAGUGGCACGAAUGGUAUAGAGCUGUUUAAAGCUCCUAGAUCACAUCUGAUUUUAGACAACUCAUGUUGCCUGGAGUUCUUUGUAUACUGAAUGUUCUUGGACAGAUAUUUUAUCAAUGUUUUGUCUGCAGAACAAUCCAAAAACACUUUAAACUGCAGUACAGCCCAUUGAAGAGACUGUAAAUCUAUCCCUCACAGCCUCAUUGUCAUUCCCAUUAAAAAUCAAAGAUGGUGCUAGUGUGAAUAAUGUCUAUGCCCAAACAUUCCAAUGUCCCAGUUGACUUUAUAGGAAAUCAUCUCAUUUCAGCGAAUAAACUUUAGUCAUUCAAUCACCGAUUUUUAUAUCUGAAAUCUGCAUGUACAUCCCUACAAUGCAUAUGUCCUAUACAUGUAAUUAUUUAAAGUUGGGAAUUUUUCCUGUUUCCUGAAAGCCCGAGCGAGUUAUGCACUGUAUAUCAAACCGUUUCCACCACUAAGAAACUUCAGUGGCGAACAGAUCAGCUGAAUGUAAAUAAGUUCACUGAAACUGAGGCAAGAUACAAACAGACUUUUUCAGACUUAUUGUGAUAAUUGAAGUGUUUAGAGUUACUUGUUUUUAUUAAAAAAGUGCCUUAUUCUCCUGGUCACUUGAAUAAAGUGCACGCUCUAUCACAUGCGCAGAGAGGGAGACACGCAAAGCUGGUUCAGAUUGAACUGAUACGCUAGAUUUGCAAACGAACACGUAUUUAUGACAUGUAUCCAUGUAUGACUACAGAGAGCACUUCAGUAUGAAAACAAGCAAAUUCUGGUCAUUUAAGGCGAUUUCCAAAUACCGAUAAACUUUUUUUUUUACCUUUUCGUGGGUAAUGACGUAUUGUCACCCUAAUCAAGCAGAUAUUACAGCUUUUCCUACUUGCAUUACAAAUUGUGGACAGUUUUGCCUCUUCCUUUGGUGAUUGUUGUACUGAACUGAUAGACUGAACUCUGGGGCAGGUGGAUGCUCGGACAUCACGAUCAGCAUACAUCUCCCUCGUAAAGAAUGCUAUCCAUAACGAGCAAAUUAAACAUGAUUGUCACUAGAGGGCGAAAUUCAACUGUCGGAUCCGCAGGUUGGAGAUGGUGAAAUGGGGGUGUUUUUGCCUGUCAGUCAUUGCUGCUCAGAGUUCAGGCAUACCAAGAUGGCCGCUCAAACUUUUUGUUCUCCCUUAUUUACCUAUGUAUUCUCUUUUUAUUUUAUUUUCCCUCAAUACGUUUGUAAUUUUCUUCACUGUAGCAAAUUUCUUGUUUGUCUCUCUGUAUGUAUAAAUGCAACAAAAAAAAAGUUCAAAUAUUUUCAAAGAAUUUAUUGCAGUGAGAAAAAAAAGAUACAUUUUAUAAGCCAUAACUUUUUUUUUUGUUUGUUUUUUUUUUUUA